AUGACAGCCGCAGUGGAGUCGCUGCAGCUCGUGCUCCUCGCCAUCGCGGUCAGAUGGGGUGCUGCCCUUCACCAGGGCGCCCCGGUGCAGCAGCAGAGCUACGGCUAUGUGAUGCAGAUCUACGGCCCGAAGUUCCUGGCCGCCGGAUCGCUGUUCAGUGCGCGGUACGUGCUAACGGUGGCCCACUGUUUCAGGAAGAACACCAAGCCGGAGGAGCUGACGGUGCGCGCGGGCUACGAGUGGAUAGCCUGGGAGUACCGGGACAGACCGGUGGCAGGACUGCUGCGCCACCCAAAGUUUUCGCCCCUGACCCUGCGAAACGACAUUGCCGUGCUGAAGGUCAAGGCGGCCAUUUUGCACUCCCGCAAGAUCAAGUACAUCGGCCUCUGUUCGAAGCCCUUGAGCCACAAACCGAACGCACAGCCGCUGGAGGUUGCAGGCUGGAGUUUGAUGCACAUCAACCAGCCGCUCAAAGCCAUCAGUGUCCAAGUGGAGCCCCAGAAAAACUGCGGCCACUGGUUUCCCCAGCUGCCAGGCGGCGUCACCUGUGUCGCGACCCCGAAGGGGGAGGGCCUGUGCUACGGGGACUCCGGGGAUCCCCUGGUCAGCGGAGGAGAGGUCUGCGGCCUGGCAAUCGCCUUUCGGAAGUGCGGAGACAGGCGGUAUCCCGCCCUCUUCACGGAUGUGCACUACCAUCGCGCCUUCAUUGCCCAAGCCGUACUGACUUUGGACAGGGAACUGCUCAAGAAGCCACGGGGCUGAGUCGGGCGCACUAAUAUUAUACUUAUACAUAUACUUAUACUUACAAUCACGCCAAAGAGAUCACGUUAAACAUGCCCAAUUGCAGCUGAACAAAGUGUGUUUGUGGUUAAAAGACUCACCUGCAACGGAACAGAAGAAAAAUUCAAUUAUAACCGAGUAAAGAAAGGCAAAGACAACUAGAGCGGUGGAGCUCCUUUGGAAGUAUUUUGUAAAACAUCUGAAUAUUAUUCUGCCAUUCAAGGCACCUGACAUUACCCAUUGUUUGUGCAAAGAGUAGAUUGAAGUCCUCAUAAAGCUUGCAGAGUUCAGCAGCUCGCACUCAUUGAUGGAUGCCAUCAGACCAAACCGAAUCGACUGCCGUAUUCUUCGCUCCAUUCCCGAAGGCAAAUCAAUUUGCGCUUUACACAAAAACCCAACAAAAGGUCCCCAGUCUGAGUUGUUUGGCUUGAGGAAUUGGAGGUACAGUUGGCUGCUUUUGGUCGCUCGAAAAUCACGGCACAUAACCCAUUAACCCGCCGCUCCAGCCAAAUGCAUGUGAAGCGAACGGGGACGAUUUCCAUACAAUUCUCCCGGAGUUUUUUCCCCGCUUUUUCUGUAAGCCUGCCCUGCUCAGGAGCAUUUAAUGAAUUCAUAUGUUUAAUAAAAUCUACACGUGAACAUGAA